CGAACCAAAGCAGAGUACUAGCAAGAAAACCCCAAGGUGACUCAUCUGCUUCUCCUCCGGCCGGGCAAGGACACCGUCGUCGUCGAGGCGGAAGCCACCAAGCAGGGCACCAAGUGCAGAAGCGGAGCGCGAUGGCUUCCUCCUCCUCGUCCUCCGUCGUCCUCAUCAGCGACACCGACAACGACAGCAACGACGACGACGCCGCCUCGGACGCGCUCUCCGGGCCGGGCGCCGACCGCAUCGCCUCGACCCUGCGCACGCAGGCCGCCGUCGACGCCCUCUGCAGGAAGCACGGCGUCCCGAGGGAGUUCCUCGCGCACCCCGCCGGCGAUCUGCGCGCGUGCAGCACGCCGCCUCCGGGGGCCGUCUGCGUGUACGCCCACGCGCUGGAGACCGGGGUGCGCUUCCCGUUGCACGCCUUCUUCUGCGACACGCUCAACCACUUGGGCCUCGCGCCGGGCCAGCUCUCGCUGAACGGGUGGCGCGUUAUGGUGGGCUUCGUCGCGCUCUGCCACGAGGCCGGCGUGCGGCCGUCGCUGGUGCUGUUCAGGCACUUCUUCAAGCUCUACAACAGGAACGGCUGGUGCUACAUCCGCUGCAGGGUUGCCGCCGGAGUGCUCUUCACUGGCCUCAACUACACCAUAUCCGAGAGAGAGUGGAAAGGGGGUUUCUUCUUCCUGACGUCGCCGGGACAAUGGCCGUGCCCCGUGCGUUGGGGCGAGCCGCCGUCCAGGAGGUCGUCCGCAAAUCUGGCGCUGACGAGCAAGCAGAGGCAGCGGGCGGAAAAGCUGCUAGGCGCACGCGGCGCCGCGGUUGAUAUCCGGGCUUACCUCCGCGUGACAAAUCUUGAUGCGGCCUUGUCCGGCAACCUCGCCGGCGCACCGCCGCCACCACCACCUCAGCCUUCUCCCCGUUCUACUCUUGCCAAAGGGGUUGAUCCGCCCGUCCGCAACAUGACUGACACUAUGCCCGUGGAGAAGACGGCGGCGCCGGCAGCAUGGACGGAGCAGGUGAAAGGCGAGGCGUACGGCGACACGCUGCUGUCCGGGAAGAAGAGGAAACGGGAGGAGGCCACCGCAACAGACGGGCUUGGCUGCGCCGCCCCGGUGUCCGACACGCGUGCCCCGUCGGGCUUUGACCCGGGGUCACCGCACUCGCCCGUGCCCGACGCACACGACGGCGACACAGCCGACUGGAAGGCCGCACGGAAGGUGCUAGAGUGCAUCGUCACGCCGUCGCGGGAGGACAAGUUCGCGGCGUCGAAGCCCUCCGACGUCGUCGCGUCGAGCUACGUGGCGAUGCUCCAGGUAUUCUUGCAAGCAAAUCGUUCGUCCGUCGGUGUAUGUCCGGAUCGGACCCGGAUCACAUUGUUUGUGUGUGCCGUGCGGCGGCAACGAUGGCGUGCGCAGGCCGUGAACUACGUGCCCUUCUCCUCGGGCUACGCGCUGGACCUGGACGAGAAGCUGGUGGCGCGGGAGCGCGACAACGUGGCGCUGUGGGAGCAGAUGGACAAGGAGAAGAUGGCGAGGCAGGCCGCGGAGGCGGAGCUGGAGGCGGUGAAGGCCGAGCUCGCGGCGGCGAAGCGGGCGACAGACUCGGAGCUGGAGAGCGCCAAGACGGCGGCGGUGCAGCAGUUCCUGGCGUCCGAGGAGCACACGCGGCGGCUCGCGGAGCAUGCGCUGGCGGGGUACGAGCGCGGUGCCGAGGAGAUGAAGGGCGUCGUGCUCCGGCACUACCCGCGCCUCGACGCCGCCAAGCUUGUCCUGCCACUUGAUUAGCUCGGGCUGAUUGAUUCAUGAUUUGGAGUACUGCUGGGCCAUGAUCUAGGCAUAUGCCUAUCGUAAUUUGUUGUUGGUGGAAGGUUUGUUCACCAAAAUCAAGCCUGUUAUCUACUCGAUGAUGUUGCAUGCACCGAAUACUUCUCGAGCUUCAGAUAGAAGCUCACAAUUCACGGUUCAUUUUGGUGAA